AAAGGUAUUAGUAUCCAUUAUGCCAUAUAAUCCAUUUCCAUUUGUGUUACAUCGCGUGGGCGUCGCAGCCUGCCCAGUCGCGCUCGCGCACACGCAACCGUUCAGACACUAAACAAACGAGGAGGAGUCAUAAUUAAUCUUCGCAGCCACCGGCCCGUGCCUCCUCCCGGCCGACCCCUACGAACGCGCCGUCGCUCGCUUCUGGGCCGCCUACAUCGACGACGAGGUGCUGUCGUCUUGGAUGCAGGCCUCCAGGGGCAAGACGGAGGAGGACAGAGCCGAGGGAAGAAAACAGUGGCUCGUCGUGGUUGAGACGCUGGAGGGAGCGCUGAGGGACUGCGCCGCCGGCAAGGGGAUGAUGAUGCCCUUCUUCGGCGGCGACAGCGUCGGCUAUGUGGACGUGGUGCUCGGCAGCCUGCUUGGGUGGGUCAGCGCAAACCAGGAGGUUUGGGGCAUAGAGUGCUUCCAUCCCCGACGGGCUCCGCUGCUGGCAGCGUGGGCGGACCGCUUCGCCGCACUGCAAACCGUCCAGACGGUGGUGCCCCAAGUCAGCAGGCUGGUUGAGCUCGGCAUGAUGUUGCGGGCCCGUCAAUCGGCAGGGGCCGCUGCCGCAAGCAACUGAAACCACUCGCUAUUUAGGUCCUAAAACUUGUUCAUCGAACUUAUUUAGCUCACUGCUCGAAAGAGACACUUUGCCGAGUGCAAUUUAUCGAGCACUCAAUAAAAUAAUCUUGGUCGGAUGCCACUCUUUGCAAAUAAUGACACUCGACAUAGAUCUCAUUUGCCGAGCAUCAGGAUCUCAGCUAAAUAAGAUGCAUGACAAAGGGUCAUCAGCAGCUAUCUAUACAUGAUGGCCGUUACCUAUGCCGAGUGUCCACCUUUGGUCACUCAACAAAUUAAGGCUAGGUUUCUACGUAUAGUGU